GUAAUUCAUGUUCCAAAAUCCGUGGAAAAUGCUGAAAAGAACGCGCAAUUAUUACGAGAAUUCGCUUCCGAAACGACUUUCGAUUCUGAAAAUUAUGUUGCAAAUUUGAUAUUAGAAAGUGGUAAAAAUUGUACAGAAGCACAUUUAACAAGUGGUGCAUUUGGUGCGGACGAUCUUCAUUAUGUAUUAGAUUUUGAUAUGGCAUUUCUCGGUGCGAAUGCGGAUAUAUACGAUGCACAUUUGGAAAAUAUUCGAAAGGAAUAUUCAUUUCUUAGCGACGACGAAUAUAAAGAACAAAGGCUUAAGAUUCUAAAAUUAUUUAUGCAAAUUCCAAAUAUAUUUGCGACGAAAGAAAUGAAGGAACGUUUCGAGAAAAAAGCUCGAGAAAAUAUUGCACGAGAAAUUGCGAAACUUUCUGAUUCUUCAUGA